AUGAAUUUACAGAAACAUAUAGCACAGAGAAAUGCUCAGAAGAAUGUUAUAGACUAUUAUUUAGCGAGAAUAGAAGACGCCAAAAGCGCCGAGAACAUUUCACUGAUCGAUUUCAACGGAAUAUUUGAAAAACUCGCGUUAAAAGUGAAACAAAUGGAAGAAAUGAACGAGAAGAUUGCAAAUCUUACGGACAGCGAAGAAAUUAACGAAGAAAUUAUACAAACCGAAAAGUAUAUGUUGGACUUAGACCUUAAAAUGAGACACCUUAGUGACUUUAGAGAUAAACAGAUUCGUACAGAUGUACAACAACCGCAGUUUUUCCCCACUGAUGGUCAGUCAACUCUUCAUGUGGAGUCGCAGCAGACAUUUUCCUCUGAAUUUUCGCAGUCCACAACUGACAGAUCGUCACAGAGCACUUCCGGUUUUCAACAAGCACAGUUGAAUGUAAAUGCACAUCCUUUCGUCAGUCAGAAUGUAAGUAACAAUUCAUUUCAAUUUCAUAGACUGCCAAAGUUGUCUCUACCAAAAUUUAACGGUGAUAUUCUUAAAUGGCAAGGUUUCUGGGAUUCCUUUGAAUCAACCAUUCACCUGAAUACCAAUCUCACAGACGUACAGAAGUUUACAUAUUUACAGUCUCAGCUAGAGGGCGUUGCAGCACGUACUAUAGACGGUUUUGCCUUAACAAAUUCCAAUUAUUUGAGAGCCAUUAGUUUACUUAGAGAGAGGUUCGGACAACAGCAUAAGAUUGUACAUACCACCAUGCAGGCCUUGAUACAACUACCGGCGCCAUUGAACACGCUUAGCAGUUUACAAGCGUUCCAUGACAAAAUGGAAACGUACAUUCGAGGGUUAGAAUCAAUGGGGCAGAAUCAAGAAAGUUACGGAAGCCUGUUAGUGCCAAUAAUUUUAGACAAAAUGCCACAAGAGGUCAGAAAAAAUCUUGCACGAGAACACGGCGACAAUGACUGGAAGUUAGAAGAACUUAGGAGUGCCCUGAGGAAAGAAGUCCGGAUACUUGAAGUCGGAAUUCAAAGCUAUACACCGGAAAUAAACGAUUUCAUACCGACAUCGUCUUUUUACACUGGAGCGUUAUCAAAGCAAAGAAGAAAGCAAAAUAACGACAAAACAGAGAUAGAUUUCAAUACAAACAGAAAAAAUAAAUCAAAUGAUAUCAUUUGUGCAUUCUGUGAAGAAUCACAUAAAUCUAUUGACUGUACAAGGUUUCCUGAUACGCUGUUAAGAAUGCAGAAAGUGAAAGAAAAACAAUUGUGCUUUAAUUGUUUAAGAAAACACCGGGUCAUAAACUGCACGUCACAAAGAAGAUGUCUGGUCUGUAAAAAGAAACAUCAUACUAGCAUAUGUAACAACAAGAGUAAAGAACACAACAGUGGCGGGAAUGUUCCGGAUGUACAGCCAUCAAAACCGGAAACGGCAGUUCUACAUUCAUCUACCCAAGAAACUUCCCAUGGUGUUUUACUGAAAACAGCCAUUAGCAAGGUGACUUCCGGUAACAUAACAAGGGAUACUCAUAUCCUGUUUGACGAAGGAGCACAGAAGUCAUUUAUCACCGAGACGCUAGCACAAGAAUUGCAACUAUCCACAUCCGGUACAGAAACCUUACACUUAGCAACGUUUGGUAACCAAGAACAACAACUAAAACAUGUUGAUUCCGCAACGGUGUACCUCAUUACAAACCAGAAAAAGAGAAUACCGAUCAAUGUAUUAAUAGUGCCUACUAUAUCAGUACCUAUUAGUACCAGUCUACACAACACAGCGUCCCAUUUACCUUACCUGAGAGGACUGAACCUGGCACAUCCGGUUAGCGGCGAUGAGGUAUUUACAAUUUCUCUGCUGAUAGGAGCUGACCAUUACUGGGACGUCAUUGAAGAUCAUAUUAUACGCGGAUGUGGACCAACUGCAGUGAAGUCCAAGAUCGGAUAUCUUUUGUCGGGACCUGUGAAUGCAUACUGCAACAAUACUACUAGUAAGAUGAACCACAUAUUUAACGUUAUGACCACACGUGCACGAGAUGAAAACGCUAUAGAACGUUUCUGGUCGCUCGAGAGCAUAGGUAUCACUCCGUGCAAAGACGAGCAUGAGAAGACGGAUUACUUGGUGCAGUAUCAGCAGACGUCAAUUGAAUUUACAGACGAUAAGUACACUGCAGCCCUUCCAUGGAAAUUAGACCACGACCCACUUCCAACAAAUUACAACAUCACAAAGAAAAGAACUGAGAGCACGAUUCGCAGACUUAGCCAGGAACCUGAUAUGCUAAAGAAAUAUGGUGAAAUUAUAUCAGAGCAAGAGAGACGGGGAUUUAUAGAAAAGAUUAACGAUGUUGCACAAACUUCAAAUGCAGUCCACUAUAUUCCCCACCACCCUGUGCGAAAGGAAUCAUCUACCACUCCUAUUCGUAUCGUGUAUGACUGUAGUUGUAAACAGUCAUCUAGUCAACCUAGCCUGAACGACUGCCUGGAGUCUACAGCACCUGUGCUGAAUGAAUUAACGUCUAUAUUGAUGCGAUUUCGAUUGAAAAAGUACGCUGUAACCACUGACAUAGAAAAAGCUUUCCUACAUGUGGGACUACAAGAAAAAGACAGGGAUGUUACCCGGUUUUUGUGGCUCACUGAUCCUAGUGAUCCUAAAUCUCAACUUUGCACAUACCGAUUCAAAGCAGUGUUGUUCGGCGCGACGUGCUCACCGUUCAUUUUAACGCCACUAUUCUCAAACACCUGGAAUUGA